ACAUCUACCUCGUUAAAUACUAUAUACCUCCCACCCUCAAAUUCCAAUCCCCUCUCUCAACACGAACAUAGCCGAGUCAAGUCUUCCCGUAUCGAUCUACUUCUUCGUUGAUUUGUAAUUGAACAUUGAAGAUCGCAGAAGAAGAACAAGAUGUUUGGAAGAGCACCGAAGAAGAGCGAUAAUACGAAGUAUUACGAGAUCCUCGGGGUCCCGAAGAAUGCUUCCCAGGAUGAUCUCAAGAAGGCUUAUCGUAAAGCCGCCAUUAAGAAUCAUCCUGAUAAGGGAGGAGAUCCCGAAAAGUUUAAAGAGCUUGCCCAAGCAUAUGAGGUAUUGAGUGACCCAGAGAAGCGUGAGAUAUACGAUCAGUAUGGUGAGGAUGCCUUGAAGGAAGGAAUGGGUGGUGGAGGUGGUGGUCAUGAUCCCUUUGACAUCUUCCAAUCUUUUUUUGGUGGUGGUAAUCCCUUUGGAGGUGGUGGUGGUGGCAGCAGCAGGGGUCGUAGGCAAAGAAGGGGCGAAGAUGUCAUUCACCCCCUUAAAGUUUCCCUUGAAGACCUCUACAAUGGAACAUCCAAGAAACUAUCUCUUUCACGUAAUGUAAUCUGCUCCAAGUGUAAGGGAAAGGGUUCAAAGUCAGGUGCUUCAAUGAAGUGUGCAGGCUGUCAAGGUUCAGGAAUGAAAGUCUCCAUCAGACAUCUUGGCCCAUCUAUGAUCCAACAAAUGCAGCAUCCUUGUAACGAGUGCAAGGGCACUGGUGAAACCAUUAAUGAUAAAGAUCGCUGCACACAGUGCAAAGGUGAGAAAGUUGUUCAAGAGAAGAAGGUUCUGGAAGUCCACGUGGAAAAGGGGAUGCAGAAUUCCCAGAAGAUCACCUUCCCUGGUGAAGCAGAUGAAGCUCCUGACACGGUUACUGGUGAUAUUGUGUUUGUGUUGCAACAAAAAGAGCACCCUAAGUUCAAGAGAAAGGGUGAUGACUUGUUUGUUGAGCACACGUUGAGUUUAACCGAGGCUCUGUGUGGGUUCCAGUUUAUUUUAACUCAUUUGGAUAGCAGACAGCUUCUCAUCAAAUCGGAACCUGGGGAGGUUGUUAAGCCUGAUCAAUUCAAGGCAAUAAAUGAUGAAGGAAUGCCAAUGUAUCAGAGGCCAUUCAUGAAGGGGAAGCUGUACAUCCACUUCACUGUGGAGUUCCCGGAAUCAUUGUCACCUGAGCAGUGUAAGGCGUUGGAGGGGGUGCUGCCACCUAAGCCUUCCAUGCAGAUGACAGAUAUGGAGUUGGAUGAAUGUGAGGAGACAACUCUGCAUGAUGUCAACAUUGAAGAGGAGAUGAGAAGAAAACAGCAGCAACAAGCUCAAGAAGCUUAUGAUGAAGAUGAAGAUAUGCAUGGUGGUGCACAGAGGGUACAAUGUGCACAGCAAUGAAGAUGUGCAUUGAAACAUGGUGCUCGUUUAUAGGGGUUCUGGGAAGAUAAUAAUAUCUGGUGUAAUUUUUAUUUUUUUGUUAUGCUAUACUAUAGUGAUAAAUCCGGUCUAUCUAUUUUGGUAAGUGUUUAAGAUGUAUGGAUGAUUUACUCGUUUUGAACAAUGAUUUUGCGAAGCUUUUUCAGUCUUUCUGGAUAUCCUUGCCUGC